GUGCGAUUUCACAGUCGCACGUGAUCUUAGCAAAAGAUAGUACUUCUCAUUAGUAGAAUACUGAACGUUUAACAUUUAACAUCGAGUUCAGAAUUUUAGUUCGAUUUACGGGGUACAACCCGCUUAUUUUGUAUCAAGGAGCGGGUGUUGAAUAGGCCACAUCAUGGGGGCUAUGUUUCGAAGUGAGGAGAUGGCUUUAUGCCAGAUGUUUAUUCAGCCUGAAGCUGCUUACACUUCAGUUUCAGAAUUGGGAGAAGCUGGAACCGUCCAAUUUAGAGACUUGAAUGUUGAUGUUAAUUCAUUUCAACGUAAAUUCGUCAACGAAGUCAGGCGUUGCGAUGAGAUGGAGAGAAAGCUCCGCUACGUAGAAACAGAAAUUAACAAAGACAAAGUGUCUGUACCAGAUGUUCAAGACGUUCCCCAUGCUCCUAAUCCAAGGGAAAUAAUAGACCUAGAGGCACAUUUGGAGAAAACAGAAAAUGAAAUCAUGGAACUGUCCCAAAAUGCAGUCAAUCUUAAAUCCAACUUUUUGGAAUUGACAGAACUCAAAAACGUUCUAGAAAAAACACAGAGCUUCUUCGUGGAGCAGGAAGCAGCCAUCAGCUCGGAUUCCAUGUCCGCAAAUCUUAUAGAUGAAGGAGCCCAAUCUGCCAAUCGCGGUCGCCUUGGAUUCGUGGCAGGUGUCAUUAAGCGGGAACGCGUGCCGGCUUUUGAGCGAAUGCUGUGGCGUAUUUCGCGCGGAAAUGUUUUCCUGAGACGCGCCGAAAUGGAUCAUCCUUUGGAAGACCCCGCUACCGGAAACGAAAUCUGGAAAACAGUGUUCGUCGCUUUCUUCCAAGGAGAACAAUUGAAAACUCGCAUAAAGAAGGUUUGCGUCGGAUUCCAUGCUUCACUUUACCCAUGCCCAAGUGCCCAUUCUGAGAGACAAGAAAUGGUUGCUGGAGUCAAGACCAGAUUGGCAGAUCUUACAAUGGUUUUGAAUCAAACUCAAGAUCACAGACAACGUGUACUGGUGAGUGUAGCAAAAGAAUUGUCCAACUGGAAAAUCAUGGUCAGAAAAAUGAAGGCAAUUUAUCAUACAAUGAACUUAUUCAACAUGGAUGUUACACAAAAAUGUUUGAUUGGAGAAUGCUGGGUACCAGUUAAUGAUCUACAACUUGUUCAAAAAGCCUUAACUGAUGGAUCGAACGCGUGUGGAAGUUCAAUCGAAUCCUUCCUAAAUGUUAUUGAAACUGAAGAAGCACCUCCAACCUUUAAUAGAACUAACAAAUUCACUCAAGGUUUCCAAAACUUGAUAGAUGCCUACGGAGUUGCUAGUUACAGAGAAGUAAAUCCAGCUCUGUACACCAUCAUUACUUUUCCAUUUUUGUUCGGCAUUAUGUUUGGAGAUAUUGGCCACGGUAUAAUUAUGAUGUUAUUCGGUCUGUUCAUGGUAGUUAGAGAAAAGAGUUUGGGUGCCAAAAAAAUCAACAGUGAAAUUUGGAACAUCUUUUUCUCCGGUCGCUAUAUCAUUCUCCUCAUGGGUAUAUUCUCGAUGUACACUGGCUUUGUGUACAACGAUAUUUUCUCCUUAUCCAUGAACAUUUUUGGUUCUGGAUGGACAUUAAAUUAUAAUUCAUCCACUGUGAUGGAGAAUGAAGAAUUAACUCUUGACCCAAAAACAGAUGCUGGAGAAGCAUAUCCUAUUGGUUUAGAUCCAAUGUGGCAGCUGGCUACCAACAAAAUUAUUUUCUUGAACUCCUUUAAAAUGAAGUUGUCUAUCAUUUUCGGCGUCGUUCACAUGAUUUUUGGAGUUUGCAUGGCCGUAUUCAAUCACGUUCAUUUCCGCCAGAAGAUCAGCAUAUUAGUAGAAUUUUUGCCCCAAUUGGUCUUCUUAGUUCUUCUCUUUGCUUACAUGGUGUUCAUGAUGUUUAUUAAAUGGAUUUUGUACUCUGCAAAUAAUACAGACAUCAGAUUUGAACCCUGCUGCGCACCAUCAGUUUUGAUUCUGUUCAUUAACAUGAUGUUAUUCAAGCAAGGAUCUCCAGCAGAACAAUGCGAUGAAUUUAUGUUUGAAGGACAACAGCAAAUUCAAAAAAUAUUUGUGUUAAUUGGGCUCUGCUGUAUUCCGCUCAUGCUCUUAGGCAAACCAUUAUAUUUGAUGGCAACCAAGAAAAAUAAAGAUGAAGCUCCUCAUUCUGCUAAAUCAAAUGGUGAUUUAAACCAAGGAAUGGAAAUGACUUCAGACGUUGUCUCCAGCCAAGAAAACGGUAUGCCAGAGGCACCAAAGGCACCGCCAAAAGCAGCUCAUGGAGAACACGAAGAAGAACCCAUGAGUGAAAUUUUCAUUCACCAAGCAAUUCAUACCAUUGAAUACGUACUGAGUACAGUAUCUCACACCGCCUCUUAUUUGCGUCUGUGGGCCCUGUCACUUGCUCACGCACAACUUUCAGACGUAUUGUGGAAAAUGGUGUUGUCCAUGGGAUUGAGCCAAACAACAUAUACUGGCUCGAUUAUGCUCUAUGUGAUAUUCUGCGUGUGGGCACUAUUCACAAUUGCCAUCCUAGUCAUGAUGGAAGGCCUUUCUGCGUUCUUGCACACACUGCGUCUUCACUGGGUGGAGUUCAUGAGUAAGUUCUACUCUGGUUUGGGUUAUUUGUUCCAACCCUUCUGCUUCAAAACUAUUUUGGACGCGGAGGAUAAGGAAGCAGAAUAA